GACUACUACUUUGAGAUUUAUGAAUAAUGUUUGAUGAUUUUCUCCAGGAAUAUUUUAACCUAAUUUGUAUAGUCGUGAUCCCUGUAUUAACUUUUAUCAGCAAAUACCGCAUUACAUUUCUUACAGAUUUUCAUAAUAGAAGAAAGCUCAUCAGCCGCACGUGAUUGAUGAGAUAUAAUUUCAAAUUUAUGUUUACAAGUUGAAAAUUCACUAAAAGUAUGAUCAAUAUCGGAAUCGAAUUGAUAUUCUGGUAGUUGACUAUCACUUAAAAUAUUUAUAUCAAACAGAGGGCACACAAAGUUAUCCAUUAAGAGUAUCGUAUCAGAUGAAGUCGAUUCCGAUGAUCCAUUAUGAUUGUAAUCAAAUCUGCUCGUACGAAAUAAAUUAUUUGAUCUCAUUUGUCUCAAUAUAUUCAAUUUGUUAUUUUCCACUGGUCGAGGUCUGCAAUUAUUUUUCGCGCUCGUAUUUGACUCAUUUUUGGAUUUUUUCAUUUUUGAAAACAAUGUCACUCAACAAAUUAAACUGCAAUUAGAUCAAAUUCACAGUUGAUGUGAAAAUCGUUCAAAAACUGUUACACAUUUUACCAGUUAUAUUUAUUGUUUUUCAUAGAAAAUAAUACAGAAAAAUAUGAGUACUCCAAUUUUAUUUUUUGAGUCUAUUACCAGAAACAAUUAUAACUUGACACUUUUUCUACAGAGCUUGGAACUUUGCUGAUUCAGAAAUAUUCUUCGAGAACAAAUUGCAAAGUGUACUAGUAAAAGUGAACACAACAAUACAAAGCUCAUACAGGUUGAUAAAUUUAAAUUUAAAUAUAUUUAUAUUUUAUCCUGCUGAUUGUCACUGGUUGAUUCAACUAAGUAUAUUAUUAAACCACACGUAGAGCACGUAUUUAAUAAUUACAAUUGGUUUUAUCAACUCGAUAACCAAAUGAAUAGGCUUUAGAAAUGAUAGUAAAAACAAUAUUCUCGAAAUGGCAAUACAAGAAUAUAGUUUAUGAUAUUUAUUUUCUAAUUAAUCAAUUUUGUGUACCCAAACAAACAAAAAAUUAAGAUAUAAUCUAGAUUACUAGGAAUAAAAAAUAAUGACGUUCAAUAACAAUUCGAUUUUUGGAAAUCAGACUAAAAACAAUAAAUUUUAGUUUUUCUUUUUUUGACAAAUUUUCAAUUUUCUUAGCAGGAAGUUAAAAAUAAAAUAAUUUUUUUAUUCUUCAUCCAUUUAAUCUAAAAGUAUUUUUUGACGCAGGUAUGAGAUGUUUAGACUCUAUAUGCACUUUUUCGUACGGAGAUGCUUGUCUUGAUAAAAAUACAGUCGAAUUUCGUUAAAUCUGACAGCUAGUCGAUAGAGACGUAGAAAUGCAUGUAUGUACAUAUAUAUAUGUAUGUACAUAUAUAUGUAUAGAUAGCAUCGGGUAGGAGACAGCGUAACUUGUAGUGGGGGUCAAGAUUAAGGGGAAGUUCAAACUUGAUGGAAUUCGACAGUACUAAUUUUUCAAUCUGAUUUUUUCCCAUAUCUUAUAUUAGAUACUAAGAUUGAUUACUAACUUAAGAAUUAUUUAUAAGCAAGGCUACAAAAGUAUUCAUAAAGAAUAGAGAAUAAGGAGCCAGAACAGCGAUAAUAAUAUCGAAACCAUUAUUUGUUAUCAACGUUAUCAGUUAAAAGAGAAGUGUCAGACUAUAUUUUAAAUCAUCAAACAAGUAAAAUAUGUCGGUAGAUAUUCGCCUAUCUCAUCAGUUUUAUUUUGAUGUGAUAAAAGUUCUCCAUCAGUUUAUGAAGUUAUUCCGACAGACAUCGGUGUCUUUUAUUUUAACGUUCAAUCCAAUCGUCAUUUAUUCUCUAAAUAUUGUGUAUCUCUAUUGUGUAUCAAUGUUUUGCUACUGUACUAAUGUAUGUGAUGUAUCAUUUCGUUUUAAACUGUUUUACUAAUGACUGAUUUUAAAAGAAGAAAAUUUUGCAAGCAGUAUAAAAUCUCAAGAUAUUUCGUCUAAGAUAAAUCCUUCUUUUUAAGCAAUCGCAGAAUACUUUUUUAGUAGUGCAGAAAAUGUUUAUGAUAACUUGGAAUUGGAUUAGAACCCCGUACGUUUGUUGGAUGUUCUUAGUAUAUAUCAUUCAUUUACAAGCUUUGCAUUCAUUGCAACAAAAUGAUUCUGCAGAAAAACUGUUUAAUCACACUAUAAUUCAUCGCGAAAAUCCAUUAAUCCAUAAAAUUAAUUCAAAUCAAUCAAAAGCGAUUGGUUAUGGAAAAUUUUUAGAUAACACAACGUUGAGCAAGACUGAAAAUAUCAUUAAUUCUAUGGAUCCAACAAGCCACGAUUUGUUUUUGAAAAAUAACAAAAACAACAUAGCGUUAUCACUACCAGAAUAUCGAACAAAGAUGACAAAGUUCAUAUCUCAUACCAAUGAUAUGUCUUUUAAUAACAGCGUAUUUCAUAAAUCGAUCAAUAGAGCAACAUUGGAACGGGAGAUUGCGUUGUGCGUCAAUGAUUUUAUAUAUCCUAAGAAUAAGACUAAUAGUAUUGAAGCAGGCUCUAACGAUCACAUAUUGAUCGCACAAUUUCGUGCAGAAUACAAUUUGAUCGUCGGAGAUUUGUGGAUAACAAACCCAAAUGAUUCAUCGCUCACUGUAGUAUGGAAGCCUCCAAACGAAGAUACUGAUUUCGAAUACUAUGUUGUUAAGUGGUUUCGUGGACAAAGUAUUGAAGGCGAAUGCUAUACUUAUAAAGAAACUGAAAAUUAUACAAUUACACAUCUACAAUCUUGUACUAAGUACGACAUUCAUGUUUUACCGGCUAGAAAUGGUACUUGUGGACAAGAACGUGUCGUAAUUGGUACAACUGGAUUAAUUGUCGAAACAAACUCCCUGAAAUUAAAAAUCGCUGAUAAUGGUACGGAUUGGUUGAAAAUCAGUUGGAGUAUCCCAGGAAGCGAUUGUGUGACGAAAACUGUGAUUAAAUAUUGCAGUGAAUACCAGUGUGAGGAAGCUAACGUUACACAAACUUUCUACAAUGCAACGAAUCUGUUGCCCUGUACGACAUAUAAUUUCACAGUAACUUUUUAUGGAGAAAGUGAGGAAUUUGGCAGUACUGGCAUAAUUGGAGUAACUGGAUAUUUGAAACCACACGCGCCAUCUUUUGCCUGGUCUAUAGCUGAGCAUGAUUCUUUGAAUAUAACUUGGACUGCACCAAUAGGUGCAUCGUGUGUGAUGGUCUAUCAAGUAACAAUUUAUCAAGAUCAUCCAUACAACGAUACAUUUGAAACAAAUUCAACAACUGAAUACCAUAUAAAGUUCAAUAAUUUGCAAUCCUGCAGUAUUUAUAAUAUCAUUAUUGUUCCGGUAGAUAAAUUUGGAAAUGAUUGUGAUCCUUAUUUAUUCUUUUCUAACAAAACGUUAGCUCCUGUUCCAGAAAUCCCUGAUUACAUGUCUUCUAUAUCAGGAAGAAAUGAAAUUUCAAUCGCAUGGAUUUUAGUAAUUAAUGAAUCCAAUAAUUGUGAAAACAUGAAAGUAAUAACAUUUUGUUAUUGCAAUAAAGUUCUUGGUAUAGGAUACAACUGUACGAACAGCACCUCUACUAAGCAUAUAACUGAAGAAUGUAUUCAAACAAUAGUCACUACUAAAAUAAAAAAUCUUACACCUUAUACUCAGUAUAAGUGUUUUAGUAUUACUUCUAAUGCUCACUACAACAGUAGUAAAAGCAAUUAUAUUUUACUACAGACUUCAGAAGACAUACCCAGUCCCCCAUCAUUGGCAGUAUUCAAUAUAACCGACAAAAAAUUUGAGUUGGCAUGGAAAUCACCACUUUAUCUUCCGGGUAAUAUAGUUAACUUUGAAGUCAACUUCACAUGGUAUUACAAAUUUCAUCAACCAAAAUGGUGCGAAAAUAUUUCGGAUAUCAGUGAGAAUACCGUUCGUCUAAACGGCAGUACAUUGCUAUUAUUAUACGAGGGUGCAGUCCCUUUUUCAAAUCACAGAGCGUCAAUACGAGCAAAAACUUCAGCAGGUUGGAGCAAUUUUAGUGAGAGUAUAUCGUUUUCAACAUUACCUGGUGCGCCAGGACCCGUGUCAAAUUUGAAAUAUUCCUUGAAAAAGAAUCCAGAUAACAUUCGUCCUCCAGAUGCGUUUUUAUCAUGGGGGCUUCCAUGCCACAUUUUUGGAUUGAAAAUCGAAGUUUUUGAAUUGACAGGAGUUGGAGUUCGAACAAGUUGUUUGAAUCACCAUGUUAAUGAAACAAUCAAGUCUCAAAUAUGCAUUGAUGAUAUCUGUACCAUUAAGCUGUUAUUGAAAGAAGAAUAUACGUAUCAGUUUUCUGUGGCUGGAAGAGUUAAAGAUGUUAAGCCCUUAGGAGCUGUGGAACGAAUAACAUCGCUGUAUCCAGCCGGAAUUCCAUCAGAUCCGGAUGCUGCCUACAUCAAUCAGAUUACGAUUGAUCCAUUCAAAGCACGAAGAACAACAUACUCAGCAUUCAUUUUACUUCCAUUAUUUCCUAAUACCAAUGGUGAAAUAAAAUGUUAUGCGAUUAUUGUUUCAAAAAUUGGGUAUAAUAAUAAACGAUUUUCUCGAAACGACUUAAAAGAAGGAGAGUGGCCACAAAUCGCUUCAUGGAUUGAAUCCGUUCAAAAAGAUUUCACUGUUCCUUAUCAAGCUGCAAAACUUUGCAACGAUUCAUAUCACCCAUACGUAGUAGACUAUGGGAAACUGAGAGCUGUGAAAUUCCAAAUUGGGGAAGAUACGGAAACUUGCCCGGAAUUAUCAAAAAGUAAAAGAUCAUAUUGCAAUGGUCCUUUGAAAUCUGAUACUUGGUAUGAUAUAAGAAUGAGAGCGUUUACUGACGGUGGAUAUCGAGAUUCGGAAAUAUUCACAAUUAAAACAAAUGCAGAAUUACAAAUUGCUACCAUAAUCGGAUCAAUCGUUGGUAUUCUAACUUUGGGAGUAUUAAUCACUUUAUUUCUUCUGAUGAAAAAGUGGUCAGUUCAAACAGUAAUCAGACGCUUAUUAAAUUCAAAGAUGCCAGGAUCUCCAGUACCUGCUCCAUUAAAUCGACGAAAAUUUAUUACUCAUUGCCAGCAAUUGGCUGAUAAUCCUGGAAAACUUAGUAAUGAAUUCCAGUUGUUACAAACUCUAAGCUUAGACUUACAAAUGCCAACGAAUGCGGGAUGUCUUCAUGCGAAUAGAAAGAAAAAUCGAUACACUGAUAUUCUUCCGUAUGACUUUUCAAGAGUCAAAUUAGAAAUAAUCGAUAACGAUCCGAAUAGUGAUUAUAUUAAUGCAUCCUUUAUAAAGGGAUUUAGUAAUGAGGAAGAAUAUAUCGCAUGUCAAGCACCAAAAGAAGAAACGACCUAUGACUUUUGGCGUAUGGUCGAGCAAUAUAACAUCAAGCUCAUAGUUAUGCUCACAUUGCUCAUAGAAAAAAACAAAGAAAAAUGUUAUCAAUAUUUUCCAACGAUUCGUGAAACUUUUACUUAUGAAAAUAUGUCGAUAAGGUGUUCGAUGGAAUUUGACUAUAGAUCUUACACUCAGAGAACACUAGUUCUUCAAAAGGGUGAAGAGAAAAGAAUAUUAAACCAUUUACAAUUCAAAGAUUGGCCUGAUCACGACGUACCCGAAGAUUUUGAUGCUGUGAUCAAUUUUUGUCAGAUUAUGAGACGCAAUAUAAACAGUAGUAGAAAUUUAGUCAUCAUUCACUGCAGCACAGGCAUCGGCAGAACUGGAACACUGAUAGCUAUAGAUAUUAUACUUCAACACCUGAAGGAUAAUCGGAAGUUGGACGUGUUUGGUACCGUUUAUCGUUUGAGACAACAAAGAAUCAAUAUGGUUCAGCGUGAAAGUCAAUAUACUUUUAUUUAUAACUGCAUCAAACAAGUGCUGAAAAAUCCUCACUUUUCGAAAAAUUAUAAACUGCCAUACCUGAGACCAAUACGUGAUGAUAAUACCGAGAAGAACAAUCUGGACUCGUCUGUGUCAAACUUGUUCAAGGAUGUCGACCGUGUGAAACCUAGUACUGAACCUGGUACUGAAGCCGACAUUGAUUAGCAAAUUUGAAUCAAUAUAAACAAUACAGAACAAUAUCAUUGUUGUUUGAUAUAACCCUCAAAAAAUUAAGUACUGACAGGGUGAUCUGUAUAGGCCUAAUACUGUAACGUCAUAGACGACUUACCUCUGAUAGCACAGUUUACUCAGCAAAAGUUUCCUUGAAUUUUUCGUCAAAUGUCCGUCAACUUCAAGCUUUGACGUUUUUGACGACAAUUGCAUACAACUUGUAAUACAAUUUGGCGUAAAUUUACUACCCGAAUUAGAAUGCAAAUUCACUUCAGAAGUUGUAUCAAAAUUUGCGUCAAAAACGGAACAGCCCGAAGUUGACGGACAUUUGACGAAAAAUUCGAGGAAACUUUUAUUAGGGUAUUUUUGCUAGUAAAAAAAAAGUUACCUCUAAAUUGAAGAAAAAUGAACCGCAAAUUUUUCUUCGCAACUUUUGCUGUCAAUUUUUGGUCAGCAAAUUUUUGGUAAUUUUAAUUGUCAAAUUACUGUCAAUUUCUGGCUAAAGUAACUGAUUAGGGACAAUUGUAUUUAAGAACCGUACAUGUAAUGUCAUCUGGCAACGUAUUAAUUAGUUAGCUAAUUAAAAAAGUCACCAUUACAGCAGAUGUUUUAAAUGAUGAAAUGAUAUUUAUUAUUAUAAAAAUUAUAAAUAAAAGAGAAUUAUAAUUAGAAUAAAUAAAAGUCAUUAGUAAUUAAAUAGUUAGAAAAUGAAUAUGAAAAAAUGUAAUCAAGUGUUUUAAAUAAUUUAAAUAAGUUAUAAUAAAAAAUAAAAAAGUUUAAAAAUCCAAA